GAGCGGACAAUGAAUCAACAAUUAACUAAUUACGGACGAUUUUAGGACACGUUAUGAAAAUAUAUUCGGAGGUGCGUAACGUGAAUAGUUAAUAACCGUGAAGCGAAGGAUUGUAAGGAAUUGACAAAUAAGGAGCCGAUGAACGUAUAAAUACGCAUCGUCGGUUUCUAUUCCACUAUUACCCAGUGCACAAACAGUUUGGAUAACGUCCAGGCCUGAACUUACCUGAGCACCAUGUUCAGCUUCAUUGCGAUUGCUUGCUUGUUUGGUGUGGCAACGGCGGCUCCGUCUGCGAUCGGGGCACUGCCUAUUGCCACCGGCAGUAUCUCAGUCCCACGGUACGGCUUCAACUACGCUGUCAACGACCCCCUAACUGGCGACCAGAAAGCUCAAACCGAGUCUCGUGACGGAGGAUAUGUGAAAGGCUCGUACUCACUCACGGAACCCGACGGUACCCUUCGAGUAGUGGACUAUACUGCUGACCCAGUGUCGGGAUUCAACGCGGUAGUCAAACGAGUGGGACCGGCCGCCCACCCACAAACUUUAGUAGCUGCCCCCGUUGUGAGCAAACAAAUCGUAGCUCCUAUUGCUGCUGCACCUAUCGCCGCUGCCCCAAUUGCAGCUGCUCCCAUCGCUACUGCAGGAUACGCGUCCAGUCUCGUUGGCCUCGGAGGUUACGGAUUAGGUUUGGGAGCCGGUCUCGGCCAUGCUGGUCUCGGUCACGCUGGUCUCGGCUUAGCUGGCGCCGACCUCGGCAUCGGAUACGGCGGCCUCGGAUACGGUAUUGGCGGCCUUGGCGGUCUUGGCGGCUGGAAACACUAGAGUGAUAAGCCAACGCAGGUGCCAGACUUACGGACGUUAUCGCGACCUUACUUUCUUCGCAUCUGAAUGUUCUGUACAUUAGGCGAUACGAAUAGUAUAGGUUGACUAUGUAUUUGUGAAAUACUGAAAUAAAUAAGUGUCACGGA